GCCAGUAUCUCUGAGUUCCGUCUGAGUUGGCAGCACCCACCCUGUUAUUCGGUUACUUUGACAACGGUCAACUACCAAAACAACGAACCGAACUAUGCAAGCUGCCUGCCACUCAAGAGAACAUGAGAGGAAUGAAAAAUAACUAAUAAUUUAUAUAAAAUAUAAAGUAAAUAAAUUAAUGGCGGAUUUCCACAUAAUUGGACAAAUAAUAAAAGCAGUUCACUUCGCCGAGCCGCACCUAUAUUGCAAGUGGAGUCUGCAGAGCGGAAACGCAUGGCGUCUGGUUCAGGGCGAGGUGAAGGGUGAGAGCCACGUAGCGGCCCAUCGACUGCAGAACUGCGCGGACUUCGUCCAGACCCUAGACAUACACCUCAGCGCCGGCUCUGUGCAAGGCUGGCCACGACUGCUAGUAGAGGUGUACGCUAUCGACGUACUGAAACAGUCCUGGCCUGUCGGCUACGGCUUUUUACACAUACCCUCCACUCCAGGUACGCAUCGGAUGGAUAUUAGCACCUGGAAGGUAGCACCCAACGGCCUGUGGCAGUCACUUCGAGAGCUGUUUGGCGGCGGUGGAGCCGCACUGAGCAAGAACGACAUUAUCUACUCGGGAGUUGAGCGCCAAAAUUUUUCCGAGAAAGCGCUUUCAACGAUAGAUCUGCGAUAAUGGUUGUGAGUGAAA